ACGAGUCCCGCCAUGCACUGCGACAAUUUGAACCAGCCCUAACCUGCCUUGACAGAUAUGUCAUUAGUGUUCAUUUAGUUCGUUUAACCAACCAGGCUUGAGAGGAUGAGGAGCCAUCCAUCACUCCUAAGAACGCUGCGAGCGCGCCAAGCUGGGCCAAGGAUCAAUGCUGAGUCACAUUGAAAAUCAACCGGCUUCAUCGACCGCUACGAAAGAGCACGACAAGCAUUUAUGGCAGAACUUUGUAUUUGAUCUCUCCCCUCAGCUGGCAAUGAAAAUAAAUGAGUGAGCAUACAUUAGUCCAGAUUCUUACAUCCCAAUGGGGCAACGAGAUGGAUCCAGUCCUCUUGAUAUUCAGAAGAUAAAUGGCGUUCUAUAUCUGCGAUGGCGUCCACACUCCAAGGCCAACGUGCUGCUUCUCGGCCAAAACGUGGAGAAUGCAGGUCAAUCUGCAGCUGUAGGAUGGCAGCGCCGCUCCACGGGGGGCGGGUGUGGGAGAGACCAUCUGAAAAGUCACGUGAAGAGGACCCCGAAGUGGGCGUGGACUGCCCGCCCAGCCCCCUUUUCAGCGUGCCGUACAGAAAGCGCUCACGACUUUCUCAGUCACAGCCGCGCCCCCCACCCCCGACCCCGACCCAACAUUACAGAAAGGCUCCACCUUGUGAACAUGCACACACCCACCGGGAAGCCACUCUUGCACUGCCAGUCUUUCAAUCAAAGCGACUCACAUGGUUGCACUAGUUGACACACAGCGGCAGCCACAGCCUCGCUUCAGGAUCUUUGGGAUUUAUUUCUCUGUCCCCCCCUCCACCCUUGCUCCUGUCAGAUCAUGAACAAACUAUAUGUCGGGAAUCUAAGUCCUUCGGUCACUGUGGAGGACUUGCAGCAGCUCUUCGGGGAGAGGAAGCUCCCCGCGGCCGAGCAGGUCCUCGUCAAAUCCGGCUAUGCCUUUGUGGACUUCCCCGACCAGAACGCGGCCGUGAAGGCUAUCGAGACUCUUUCGGGGAAAGCAGAAUUGCACGGAAAGGUGAUAGAGGUGGACUACUCUGUUCCCAAGAAGCUUAGGAGUCGGAAGAUUCAGAUCCGGAACAUUCCCCCUCAUCUACAGUGGGAAGAUUUCGACGGCCUGCUAGCUCGAUAUGGGACUGUAGAAAAUGUAGAACAAGUCAACACUGACACAGAAACAGCAGUGGUGAAUGUUACAUACGCAACCAAGGAGGAAGCUAAAGAAGCCAUUGAGAAGUUGACAGGGCAGCAGUGCGACGACUUCUCCUUCAGGGUGUCGUACAUCAUGGACUUGGAUGCCGCUCCGCCCGUCCAGGCCGCCCGAGGUCGACGCGGCGGCCGGUUGUCCCGGGACCAGGAAACACCCCAGCCCGGCCCCUCCGGAGGCUUCGGCGCCCCGCGGCCCCGCCAGCAACAGGAAUUUCCUCUGCGCAUGCUCGUUCCCACUCAGUUUGUGGGCGCCAUCAUCGGCAAGGAGGGCCUCACCAUCAAGAACGUCACCAAGCAGACGCAGUCGAAAGUGGACAUCCAUCGGAAGGAAAACGCCGGCGCGGCCGAGAAGCCGAUCACCAUCCACUCAUCCCCGGAGGGCUGCUCUUCAGCGUGCCGCAUGAUCCUGGACAUUAUGCAGAAGGAGGCCAACGAGACCAAGACGCCAGAGGAGAUCCCCCUAAAACUCCUGGCCCACAACAGCCUGGUGGGCCGCCUCAUUGGCAAGGAGGGCCGCAACUUGAAGAAGAUCGAGGAGGAGACAGGGACCAAAAUAACCAUCUCCUCGUUACAAGACUUAACUAUUUACAACCCAGAAAGGACCAUCACAGUGAAGGGAAUCUUGGAAGCGCUUUGUAAAGCAGAGGCGGAGAUCAUGAAGAAACUGCGGGAGGCCUACGAGAACGACGUCGCUGCUAUUAAUCAACAGGCCAACCUUAUCCCCGGCCUGAACCUCAACGCUCUGGGCAUCUUCUCCUCUGGUCUGCCGGUGCUGCCGCCAGCCGCUGGACCUCGCAGUUCGGUCCCCCCUGUGGCACAAGGAGGAUACAACCCAUUCUUAAGUCACUCUUCACAUCUCAGUGGCCUGUACGGGGUUCCUCCAGCGAGUGCCGUCCCCCACCAGCACUCAGCUCCAGAACAGGAGGUUGUCUACCUCUUUAUUCCAACUCAGGCAGUGGGAGCUCUCAUCGGCAAAAAAGGCCAGCACAUCAAGCAGCUCGCCCACUUUGCAGGCGCCUCAAUCAAGAUUGCGCCAGCUGACAGCCCCGACGUCACCGAGAGGAUGGUGAUCAUUACCGGGACGCCAGAGGCUCAAUUUAAGGCCCAGGGUCGGAUAUUUGGGAAGCUGAAAGAGGAGAACUUCUUCUCUGGGAAGGAGGAAGUCAAACUGGAGACCCACAUAAAGGUUCCUUCUACUGCAGCCGGACGGGUCAUCGGGAAAGGCGGGAAGACGGUGAACGAGCUUCAGAACCUUACGAGCGCAGAGGUCAUCGUACCGCGGGACCAAACUCCAGAUGAGAACGACGAAGUGUUUGUGAAGAUCAGUGGCCAUUUCUUCGCCAGUCAGACUGCACAGAGGAAGAUCCGGGAGAUCAUUCAGCAGGUCAAACAGCAGGAACACAAACACCAGCGAGGCGCCGCCAGUUCACCACAACACUCCAAGUGACCAGCGGCCAAUGAAGGUAACCCUCCCCAAAACGGACAAAGACCUCUAGUCAGACAACGGCCGCGGCCCGAGAGGGAACGCGCAGGGCAGACCAGCAGCGGCGGGAUCAAAAAAAUAACCAAAGAACUUUCAUCGAGGAGGGGAAGCGAGUGAGAGCCAAAGGCGGUGAGCGUCGUUCACGUGCGCUGCCAGCCCUGCGACAGCACACGCAGCAGGAUACUGAUAUCGCAAGAACAACAACAAAAGGCGGAGAAGCGUCGUCUUCACACGGUAAAACAGGAACUAGCACGUCACCCUGCGUAUUUGUUCUCUUUAGUUGGAUUAACGUACUGUAGGCCUAACACGGAUAAAGCGACUGUAUUAACGACACAAUUAAAACAAGAUGGAGAUGAACUAUCCUUAGCAGUAUUAACACAGGGUAGACGACUUUAUUGACAUUUACAAGAGCGACCACAUUGAGCAGUUCCCCAACUUUGGAAAAAGAAAAAAAAAUCUAAAAGUACAAGCCCUAUUUGGAAAUAUGGUGAUUUUUUUUUUUUUUUUUUUUUUUUAAAGAAGCCUCUGCGCGAACGUUUGUGAGUGUGUGCGUGUGCCAAUGCUUCUCAUCAAUCUUUUUUUUUUCCUCCCGCCCUUUUCAUCCUCAUCAGUCAAAUACUGUAUGUUAUUUGGGGAGGAUCAAGAAUAUUUGAACGUGUGAGAUCCCCACCUCGCCUGUUAUGUACAGUACAUAAAUGCAUUUCCAUAAAUUAAAAUAUGGUAGUAAACUUUCUGUAGAUGGAUUGAAAAAGUGAAACUCGUACAUUGGACAGAUUGAUUUCAUAGGAAAAUGCUUUUCUGAAGGCAGAUCCCGAACGGAUUCAUUUAGAGCUCGUGCAUGUGACGUCACCAUUUUCACGGCGCCAUAUUGCAGGUCAAAAAGCUGCUCGACAUUGUGGGCGACAUUGAACCGGAGCAGAAUAUUGACAAUACCCAACACCUGUUGUGCUGUUGGUUGUCACAACAGACGAGACAGAUAUUCAAAGAGAUCAUUCUAUGGAACACCAGCUGAAAAGACCAGAAAAUAUUGAUUGAUUUCGGCAAUUAAACGUGAUGGAUACUGCCUAAACAAAAUGCACACAUGCCUGUGUAGCAAUCACUUCAUUUCAGGUAGGAAUUAUUCUUCUCAAUCUCAAAUUACCAAAAAGUAUUUGUAAUGCCAAGUUGGCUCAUUUGAGAAUAAUACAUAUUUAAAAAAAAAUCGCAUGUCGCAAAGGUUGACGGAGGUUAAGUGGGGCCACAAUCGCUUCCAUGUACGUUCCGUGGAAACGACUCCGUCCUCUUUUUUUUUUUUCAUUCAUAGUUAAUAAAUGUGAGUUUGCGUAAAACCAGGGGUCAUUUAUUUAAAUAUUCGUAUUUGUAUUGAAUACUAGCUGAAAAGAUUGAUGGAUCCCGGCAAAGGUUAACGUGUCGCCGAACACGCUUCCGCAUUCACGAGCCGUCAACCAUCGUCUUUUUUUCAAUCAUAGUUAAUGAAUGCGAGUUUGUGUAAAACCAGGGGUCGUUUAUUUGAAUAUUGGUGUGGCGACCCCUAACGGGACAAGCCAAAAUGAAAAAAAGAAAGUAUUGAAUAUUAGGUGAAAAGAUCGAUGGAUUCUAGCAAAUGUUAACGUGUUCGCCGAACACGCUUCCGCGCUCACAAGCCGUCAAAACCAUCACUAUGUGGGAUUUAUUCCUGAUUGAGAACAAAUCCAGCAACAAAGUAUUCGUACGCGUCCAGACUAAUGUACGCUUUCAAACUUUUCUGUGUAAAUCUCGACGACUGACUCACCUGAUCCGUGUGUAUAUCCAGUUGUCUGAAACAAGCGGAAGUGAAUUAACAGUCCAAUUUCUUAUCGGUGAAAACAUCGAUUUCAGCAUUAAAUACGGGUCCUCUUCGCCGAGUUUAUCUCAUUUUUCCACGUACCGUCGUUCAUUUUCACCUUCUAAAUGUCUGACGGUGUCAGACAAGACUCUGGGACAUAUUUCUGUGUCGUCUCCAACCGACUUAUCAUUGACCAAUGCUUAGCUUGACUGGCAAUAUGGCGAGGUAAACAAAAGUCAUGUGAUUUUAUGACGUAGGUGCACGAGCUCUGUAUUAAAAAUAAUUGUGAUCAUUUGAUUCUAUUUUCUUGGGAUGGUAAUUCUGGAGUUUUUGCUAGCUUUCAGCGAUAAUCAUGAAAAAUCAAAAAUAAAAGCAGGCUAUAUUUCACUCUUUGUGUAGUGAAUCUAUAUAGUAUACCGUGCGGUACGUUUCACUUUUUCAAUUUAACUACCGAACUGAAGCUUUCCACAAUAUUCUAAUUUAUUGAGAUGCAUAUGUAUGCGCAACAGUUUGAUAACGACAACUUUCGUGGUCCUAAUGAUAGACCAAAAAAAUGGACUAAUAUUAAGUCCCACUAGUCAGUAGAACCUUUUCAUGUGAUGUCACUUCCGCUACCCAAUUUCUUACGUCGUAAGACAUAAAUAAAUGAUUAGCAAUCGAGCUAGCGAUCGGCUACUUUUCCUUGAUUAACUCUCUGGAAAAUAAAAGUAAUGUUCACAUUGAAUUUUCAAAAUUCUUUAUUAAUUGAUUAUCAUUUCACAACAUCUGCGUUUUCCACCGUGACGUGUAUGCACUCACAGCUGACAACGAGGCGCUCUAAAGCAGCCACGCUAGCCUUGCAGCCCCCCGGUCCACACGCCGGCUUGCUUUCCGUUGUUCGAAAUGUAAAUGUCAUAAUACGUGAGCAAAUGCAGCACACGAGCGAACGCGACGCUAAAUCUAGGGAGCGGCGUGACAUCACAGCAAAAUGUUUCUGGGUAUUUGAAUGUGCGCACACUCGGCCUUAAGGGUGUUGUUGUGUGAGGAUGACUGUGUAGUUUUUUUUUUUUUUGCAUGGAGGCAAAUGUGAAGGCAGGGGCGGCGCACGUGUGCCCCCCUCAAUGGCACAACGUUAGCGGGCUGGUUUUAACCCUCUCAGGGGUCUGGGAAGCUUUGUUUAAAAAAAAAAAAAAAAGAAGAAAAAAAGGGUGGAGCGUGACAGCUGUGAAUGUAUCAAACGCAGCCUUUUGAUUUUUUUUUUUCCACUUUAAAUCUUAAACAAAGAUAACAAAGCAGCCCUCGCCUUGUCCAGCAGGCCAGACAUUGAUUGUCACUCUUGAGUUUUAUGUCCGAUGCUGGCCAUGCGGGUCCCUCAAAAGCCUUAUUUUAUCACUCUACAUCGCAAAGGUUAUUGCCACACCUUCCUCCAUGUGUGCGUGUGUCUGUGCGCGUGUGUAAAUAUAUAUAUAUUAAAAAAAAGAGUAAUAUUUAUGAAUCUAUUUUUUCCUAUUUUGUGAUGAGAGCUAUUGAUAUGAAACAAAAGAAAAGUCCUGUUCUUUUUUUUUUUUUUUUUUGGGCCCUCAGUGGGACACUGCCAUAUUGUUUUGAAGGGAAGUGUUUAUUUUCUUGAAAAUGAAUAUAAGGAGAAAAAGCUGAAAAAAAAUAUGGGAGAACAGUUAAAAAAAAAAAUGAACCACCGCAGGAUGUAAACAGCGCGCAUGUCAGUAUUGUGAUCUACCUCAGGCUUCAGGGUACCUCAGUCCAAUCUUUCAUUUCCCCUCAAUCCCCCCCCAACCCACAUUUUGUAUGCCUUGUUAACUGAUCAUUUUGAUCCCUUUUCUUUUUUUUAAUGAAUUUACAAAACGAGCAAAAAAAAAAAAACAACAAAAAAAACGCAAGAAAAAACCCGACGAGCCAUCUCCUGUCACGCGUAGUCAUUGUCGUGUGACUUCUUUGCUGACGCGUGAGUUCCAAAAUGGUUUGCGUAAGAAGAUAAUUGUGGAACGGGGGUCCGAUCGGCGAUGUCGUGUACUGAUUACAUCGAUAACAUCGUUGCUGGAAAAUGAAAAAAAAAAAAAAGAUGGGGGAAGAAAACAAAUGCAAAUCCGACGACAGAAACUUUAACCAACUGUACCUCCUAAGAAUAAAACAAAAAGUUGAGGAAAUUCGUGUUGGGUUGAUUAUACGAGCCAUCCACCUUCGUGGACCAUCGGAAAGCCCGGUCUAAUUCCACUUUAACUGAUACCACGUUUCUAAGGAAUCCGCAUUUGUGGGAUGAGCAGCGCAACUGGAUCUACUCGUUCUCGAUGGCGCUUGUCCUCCCUCAUUCGGGUUGUUGAUGAUGUUGAUGUUGAGCUAAACUUGCCACCAUUUCUCCUGUUCAAAACGUGUAUAAAUAACCAAAUGCGGGGGCAAUUAUGAGAUAUGAUCAUGUGAUUAUGAGGGUUUACCACAGAGAACAUGAGAGAUAGAGACCACACAAAAAAAGUCUGUCUCAUGCUUACUAAAUUCCCAAAUAGCAGCCAAAAUACCGUAAUUUCCGGCCUAUAGAGGGCAGAUUAUAAACCUCACCCAGUACAUUUGCAAAGGAAAUACUAUUUGGUACAUACGUAGGCCCUGCAACUGUGUAAAAGCCCCAAGUGCCCACAAUGAAACACAAGAUAUUUAUAAAGUAAAGAAAGAUGGUACACAGUAAGAGUUUUCAAAGUUUUAAUACCUUAGGUUAUCUUAACAUAGCAACAACACAGUAGCACGAACAGGGUUGGUAAAAAAACAAAAACAUACCGGUAAAAAAAAAAAACAGCUACGGCAGAUACACAGAAGCAACGCGCAAGCGUGGCGCUAACAGGGCCGGUUAAAAAAAACAUACUGGUAAAAAUCACUCAGACACGGCACUAACACAGCAGCAACACGCUAGCGCAGCAGUAACACUAGCGCGGCGCUAACAGGGCCGGUAAAAAAAAAAACAUACCUAAUUCGCUGAGCUGCAGCAGUAACACAGCAGCAACACGCUACCACAGCACUAACAGGGCCGGUUAAAAAAAAAAAACAUACCUAAAUCACUGAGACGCAGCAGUAACACAGCAGCAACACGCUAGCGUGGUGCUAGCGUAGCACUAACGCUACCGAGUUGCUAACGCCAGCGUGGCGCUAACAGGGCCGGUUAAAGAAAAACAUACCAUUAAAAAUCACUGAGACACGGCAGCUACACAGCAGCAACAUGCUAGCACAGCGCUAACAGAGCUGGUUAAAAAAAACAUACCUGUAAAAGUCACUUCCUCUGCACUUAUAUUCCACCGGUCUCACUCUUACCUUUUCUGCUCGAGUGCCCAAUUGUGGCCGUUAGGGAAAAAAAAACACAAAUUAGUUGCAUCACCGCAUAAACUGCAGGGUUCAAAGCGUGUGAAAAAAGUCGCGUUUUAUGGGCCGGAAAUUACGGUAAUACCAAAUGCAGUUGUCGGUAUUUCUGUAUCAUAAUAGUACCUUACACCAUUCAAACUGUUACUGUUGCACUGUAUCCUUCGUUUCCUCGUCUUGAAGAAAAACUAUUGACUUACCUAAAGGGAGCUGAUUUAACGUGGUGCAGUGUUUGAAGUGUCCCGCUAAGUCUUAAAUGAAGCUAAAACGUGUAUUUUGGGAAUGUGGGAGGAGCUGAGAGGGGAGCCCACAAGCUGAGAAGUGUGAGACAGCGCUGCUGACUUCCUCAACCCCUUAAACCCCGUCCAGGUUUAAUAUAAUCGAAAAUUUUAAGUCCAGAGUAUCAUUUUAUGAAAGGAUCAGAUUUUCUCUCGACAAAAUUUUAUUUGGUUCAGAGAGGGUUAAAAGGGAAUUAAACGGGCUUUCCAACGACACUAGCGGCAUUAUUGCAACCGAUAAAUAAUAGACCCGACCCAAUUUUCCCAAUUUUUUCUUUUUUUUUUUCCCCCCUCCAAGGAGGGGGGAAAAAAAAUUGACCUGUGAAAAGGAAUUUUGUAACACACCAACUGUGUAAUUCUCCGUUGGGGAUUUUCAUUUUAUUAUUAUUUUUUUUAAAAGACGAAAAGAAACACAGAGCUGCAAAAAUACACUGACUCUUGAAAACAAAAAAAAAAUGUGUAGAAUGUAGAACUUUUAGCUGGUGACACUAGUGGACGUGAGAUGACGGAAGCGUAAAAACGUGUACAAAACGCAUCUCGCGCAAAAGGCAUAUCCUGUUUCCUGUUGUGACCCGGGCGUCACCGCCGUUUUGCCCUCAUCCGUUUUUUGUUUUUGUUUUUAAUUUUGUGCUGUGUUUAUUUGAGAAUUACCUCUCAGAAUCAAAGGCUGACCUAUCUUGACCUUUCUUUCUUUCUUUCUUUCCUUUUUUUUUUUUUUUUAACCCCGAUGAUGUCGGAGUCCCGGUGAACACACGCAUAGUAACAGUAACCUCACACGCAAAAGCCCGAGGCCGCUCCUCGGAGCCAGCCUCCCUGCCUCCUUCUCCCCCAUCUUAGCUGCUGAGCGCGGCACCCCCGGCCCCUCACCCGAGGGUGCUCCGCUAUCUGCGAGUUGACCUUUUACUUGACGGUCUGUUUUUUUUUUGUUUUGUUUUUUCUGCCAUCCGCUCUUUGGGACGCUUUUAAGCGCAGCGUUGGUUCCCUCUCCGAGGUCCGACCUUGUUGCGAGGCGACGCGCUUCCUUUAGCGAGGAUUUGCGGUGUUUUCUAAGGUUUUUGGGGGGUGUUGCUAGAUUUUAAUAUUCAGUACCUGAAAACAACACUUAACACACAUCACUGAGGAUGUACUAUUAGCGAUGUUUUAGUCAUAUCACAACAGUGGUUGGAUAGAUGUUGUUUCCUUGUUUUUUUUUGUCUUCUGUCAAUCCGGUUUUCUCGUCACCGACACUGUUUUGGAUGAUUCUUAGCUUUAAGUUUCAUUUCGGUUUAGACUGCUGCCGACACUCAGCAGCGCCGCCGUGGGUUCAGACCGCGCGAGUCGACGUUGGAGUCGCAAAACGGCAAAGGGCACUCCGUUGAACGCGGACCUCCGCCAUGGUCGAAACAGUAAUUCGCGUCAUUAUUAAGACCCCCCGCACCCUAAAAAAAAACAUUAUUAUAGACUUCUGCAAAGAAUUAUCGUCUUCCUAAAUUCAAAGGAGUGUUCUUGCCACACUGAAGAGAGAAAAUGAUAAUAAAAGAAUACAAAAAUAACUUAUGUAAAAGGAGAAUUAAGGCCAAACUAAAAAUAAAAAAAAGAUGACUAGAUGACUUACUAAAUUACAAAAUAAAGUUGUAAUUUUACAAGUCGUAAUACUAAAUAAAUAUAAGUUGUAAUACGCGAUUGAAGGCGAUUUAUGGUCAUACAAGAAAAGAGAUUAAAGCAAUUGAAUUAUGAGGAUCAGCUGGAUGUUAUGUGACAAAAUCCUAUUAAUUUUAUGUGAAUUUUAAGACAAUGAGAAUAAUAUUGUAAUUUUAGGAGAAAACAAUUUAAAAUGCUACAAAAAGAAAGAUAUUUCAUGACAAUUAGGGGCAUAGUCAAUAGACAAACCACUGCUGUUAAAGUAGUAUAACAAGAAGGCCGUUAUUUUCCUUACGGUUCCCCUCGGAGGGGCGUUAUGACUAUGAAACCAUAAAAAUCUUGAACCGCCUCAUCAAAUUUACAUAUGAAACUUAUGAACUCGUUUUGGAAUCAGAAAUCGAGAGUAAUGGGUUUUUCAACUGUUGACACACUGUGGCGACCCCUAACGGGACAAGCCGAAAGAAAGUUGUUUUUUUUUUGUUCGGUAACAUACCUCAAAAUAAAUAUCUCAACAUUAUCAUUUAUGAUAUGACGAUUUGAAAUUUUGGUACAGAUUUGAACCAAAAAAAAAUCAUGAAAGUUGAUACAUAUGAUUUGCCCUCGCGGGCCACAUAAAAUCAUGCAGCGGGCUGGAUCUGCCCCCGGGGCCCUUGGGUUUGACACCCGUGUCGUAUCAUAAUGCGGAGAAAAAAAUUGAAUAAAGAAAAAACAACUUUCACAAGACACGAAAAAAAAAUAAGAAUUGAGGCUGCAAAAGAAGUACUUUGGAGCAGACUGAAGAGAAAAAAGCAAUACAAUAAUAGCAAUUAAAUUGAAAUAGUUCAAUAAUAUAUAUAUAUAGUGUUUGUAGACCAAAAUGUCAUAAUAUACAUAAUAAAAAAAAACAAUUAUGAGCUCAACGUUUGAUUACAAGAAUUAACAGAAAUUUACUGUCAAACUAAACACUAAAUAAAGACAAUGAGCUUUGAUGUAUUUCCUCAUAACUUUGCUUUUAGGAAAGUCAAAUGCAAACGCACAAUGCAAAAUGCCAUAGGUGGGCUAACUAAGUCAACAUCAAUGUCACGGUAGUUAUAAAUCUUCACAAAUCACAAAAUGAAUUAAACUCAUAACAACUCAUAAGCGAGGAUACAAACGCAUUACGAUUCUUUUGCUAUAUAAUUAUCGAUUUUUCUCUUCAGUGUGGCCUUAAUAGUGGUUGGUGUCCAUUUUUUUUUUUUUUUUUUUGUAUGUGCGUAUAAACCCAGUGACUGACAAAGA